AUGGCGUUGCCCUACACGAUUGCGCCACAUCUAAAAUACUUCAAUAUUCCCAUCGCUGACUUUAUUGCAACGCGGCGCGAGUUCGACGCGUUCGGCGUUGGGGGCUUCAUUUUCUCCCGGGCUGCAGAUCCCACUUCCGACGCGGGGUGCCCGCCACGCAUCCUGCUGCUCCAACGCGCACUGACCGACUCGAUGCCCGGCUGCUGGGAGGGUCCGGGCGGGGCGGCCGAGCCAGAGGAGGACCAGACCCUCCUGGACGGCGUGGUGCGUGAAGUCACCGAGGAAAGCGGACUGCAUGUAUCGCGCAUACUGGAGCUGGUGGCCGUGGAUGUCUGGGACCAUACGCGUCGCAAUGGCGACAAAAUCCGCAUUGCCAAAUACUCGUUCAUCGUCGAGGUCCACGAGGCUACCGCCGUACGAUCCGAUGGAUCUCCACAGCCGGUGGCCCGAGACGACAUCCCCGUCCAGUUAGAGGCGACCGAGCACCAAGCAUUCGACUGGGCCCUCGAGGAGGAUGUUCGGCAUUCUCAACAAACCGGCCAGGGCAAAUACCAACUGCCACUGCCAUCCAUUGGGCGUCAGGGCGCCAAUAUCCUCCGAGCGUUCGAGUUGUUCCGGGAACAGCAACACCAAGCCUCGUGA